AUGUCGACGCGCGCCCUUCUCUGGGCGGCCGCCGCGGCGCACGCCUUCCAGCUGCCCGGCUCCUUCACGCGCGAGAGCGUCAAGGUCUAUAGAGGAGGCGACUUCCCCGUGUACCAGAACCCGACGACCAUGCGCGACGAGCUCAAGGCUUGGGCGCCGGACGACACGUCCGACGCCAUGGCGGAAAAGGCGCCGAACCGGCCGGCGCCGGCGCCCGUGUCGCGGCCGGCCGCCCCGGCGCGCCGGCCGGCGCCGGCGCCCGUCGCGCGACCGGUCUCGCGGCCCGUCGCGACCAGCAGCGGCGCGGCCCCUGACAUCACGCCCUACGCGGUCGUCUUGGCGCUCGGCGGCGGUCUCGCCGCCUGGCGCAAAAAUCAAACGGACGCCGAGGAGGCCGCGGAGGCCGCGGAUGCGGCGGCGGCCGAGCCGGCGCCGAAGAAGUUCCUGUCGUUCCUGCGGCCCAAGGUAUCAGCGGACGCCGACGCGGACGCCCGGGAGGAUGGACCCGCGGAGGCCGAGCCCGCCCCGGCGCCGGCACCGGCGCCCGCGCCCGCGAAGGCCGAGCCCGCCCCGGCGCCCGCGCCGGCGCCGGCGCCCGCGGACCCCCUGCCGGCGCGCAAGCCCGCGCCCGUGAUCACACCAUCAAAACCUGUUGCCGCGCGCCCGCCGACGAUGCCGACGAUCUCCGCGCCCGCGCAGACGCUGCUCAAGAAGGACGCGGUGGCCAAGAAGAAGGAGGAGGACGCCUUCGCGGCGGCGGCCCAGGCCGCCGAGGAGGCCGAGGCGGCCGUCAAGGACGUCGUCGCCGCGGAAGCUGGCGUGAAGAAGUCCUCCAAGGCGAAGAAGCUCGCGGUUGCGGCCGCGACCGCUGCUGCCGCCUGGUUCUUCGGGAAGCCCUAGCUCCCCUCCCUCUCCCGUCGUAAUUUUCUCGGUCC